CCGCUGGUGAAGGAGGGACCCUGCGCGGGGGUUUGCCCACGAGGGGAGGCAGCGGGCCUGCGCGCUCCCAGGAGUUCUGGCUGACCUUUUCACUUCUUCAAGAGUGUGGGGACAAUGCUGAAAGGAGUGUCAAGACUUGUCUCCAGGGUCCAUAAGUUGGACCCUGGACAUUUUUUGCGCCUGGGGACCCAGGCACCCCAGAGCCUUGCUGCUCACCUGGAUAACCAGGUUUCAUUUGAGAGUCCUAGAGCUAUUUCCUGCACCAGUGAGAAUGACCCGAUGAAGACAUUCAAUGAAGCUUGCCUGAUGGUAAGGAAACCAGCCCUAGAGCUUCUGCAUUACCUGAAAAACACCAAUUUUGCUCAUCCAGCUGUACGAUACGUUCUCUAUGGGGAAAAAGGAACAGGAAAAACACUCAGUCUUUGCCAUAUUAUUCAUUUCUGUGCAAAACAGGACUGGCUGAUACUGCAUAUUCCAGAUGCUCAUCUUUGGGUGAAAGACUGCCGGGAUCUUCUGCAGUCCUCCUAUAACAAACAGCGCUUUGAUCAACCUUUAGAGGCUUCGGUCUGGCUGAAGAAUUUCAAAACUACAAAUGAGCGUUUCUUGAGUCAGAUAAAAAUUCAAGAGAAGUAUGUCUGGAAUAAGCGAGAAAGCAUUGAGAAAGGCAGUUCUCUGGGAGAAGUAGUUGAACAGGGUAUAACACGGGUGAGGAACGCCACAGAUGCCGUUGGGAUUGUGCUCAAAGAGCUAAAGAGGCAAAGUUCUUUGGGUACUUUUCACCUCCUGGUGGCAGUGGAUGGAGUCAAUGCGCUCUGGGGAAGGACCACGCUGAAAAGAGAAGAUAAAAGUCCAAUCGCCGCAGAGGAACUAGCACUUAUUCACAACCUGAGGAAGAUGGUGAAAAAUGACUGGAAUGGAGGUGCCAUUGUGAUGACUUUGAGCCAGACUGGGUCUCUUUUUAAGCCCCGGAAAGCCUAUCUGCCCCAGGAACUGCUGGGAAAGGAAGGAUUUGAUGCCUUGGAUCCCUUUAUUCCUAUCCUGGUUGGCAACUAUAACCCAAAAGAAUUUGAAAGUUGUAUUCAGUAUUAUUUGGAAAACAGUUGGCUUCAACAUGAGAAAGCUCACACGGAAGAAGGUAAAAAGGAGCUGCUGUUCCUAAGUAAUGGGAAUCCUGGGCAGCUGGAGCGGCUCUGUGCCUACCUCUAGGCCAUGGCCACAACAUGCAUGGAAGGCAAUGGACAUCACAGGCCCAAUCAGAUGGGACGUCCCACAGCACACACACAGCUCAUGAGACUGGACAGUACUGCAAAUCAACUCCCAACUUGGCUGAAAUGGUUCCUUGUAAAGUGACUAUAAUGGCAAUAAGACAUCCUCUUGUUCCUGAAACUAAUAUCAGUUUAUUAUAUAUGGUUUUCACAUUUUAAUUGUGCCUCUUUUCCUAAAAAUUAAAUUAUCUUUCUUAAA